UAUCUGAUGGAGGAGAAGGAGGAAACCAGUGACGGUGGCUGUCAGUUCGAUCCGUGCUCUGUGAACGAUGUCUACCAGUGCUCCUGCCUCUCAUUAAGGCAAAUAUUAUAUACAAUGUUUGUUAGGGAGAAUGAGGCCCCGUUGGAGCCCAAUGUAUGCUGCAUGUGCACUGCCGAAGACAGGCGUUAUGGCGUGAAUUACCGAUGCCAGAGGCGAGCAGUGACGUUCUGUUUGAGCGCUGUUCCGGAGCAGUGGUUCUGCUCGAUUCACUCCGAAAUGCUGCAUCAACAUCGAUUAUGUCUUAUUUGUCAGGCAUUCUGCACAGAGGGUGAGUUGAGGGUGUGCAAUGAGUAUGGGGUUCAGCACUGGAUGCACGACGACUGCUAUCACUUGUCGGGUAAUAUGUGCUGCCACUGCAAUACACUCUACUCGGCCGUUACUGGUCGCAUCUGCUACCCCUACAAGGAUGAGUUAUUCGAGAAGCUGGAAGCCAUUUGCGGGAAGAUGAGGUGUGGAUUGCAACGCAACGUCUGUGAGUAUUCGUUCAUCCGAUGCUCCACUUUCAGAUUUUUAAAAGUUUGCCGUCUUGAAAUUGUGCUUUUUUUAACGAAUGCUUUACUUUGUGCGUAG